CACUAUGUAGUCUAAUAAAAAGGUACAAUAUUGACUCUCAGAAUGAACCACCCCUUAUAUAAUUAUAUGAGACUAUAAAAGUGGGUGAAACCUAUCGGCCGUGUGAGGAAAGAAACCGUUCUCCGCUUGAUUAUUUAUGCCUGUGUAACAUCAGAAACAAGAUGCCAAUUUCCAUGAGGAAAGGUGCCAGCGCGCGUGGGGAGCAGCUGCACCAGGUGGCGUCCGAGGUGGUGUCAAUGAAGCGCAGCCUGAAGAAGAUGUGGCGCCCUGGAGAAAAGAAGGAGCCCCAGGGCGUGCUCUAUGAGGAUGUGCCGGACGACACGGACGACUGCAAGGAAUCGCUGAAGGUGGUUUUUGAAGGAAGUGCAUGUGGAUUACAAAACUUGAAGCAUCAAAAGACAUUAAACAGAUGUGACAAUGAGGACAUCUCUUUGCAUUACGCUGCAGCAGAAGGCCAAGUUGAGCUAAUGGAGAAGAUCACCAGAGAUUCCUCUUUUGAAGUGCUGAAUGCAAUGGAUGAUUAUGGAAAUACCCCUCUGCACUGUGCUGUAGAAGAAAACCAAAUUGAAAGUGUUAAGUUUCUUCUCAGCAGAGGAGCAAACCCAAACCUCCGAAACUUCAACAUGAUGGCACCCCUCCACAUAGCUGUGCAGGGCAUGCACAACGAGGUGAUGAAGGUCUUGCUUGAGCAUAGAAGUAUUGACAUUAAUUUGGAAGGAGAAAAUGGAAACACAGCUGUGAUAAUUGCAUGCAUCAAAAAUAAUAGUGAAGCACUGCAGAUUUUGCUUACCAAAGGAGCUAAGCCAUGUAAAUCAAAUAAAUGGGGAUGUUUUCCUAUUCACCAGGCUGUAUUUUCAGGUUCCAAAGAAUGCAUGGAAAUACUAUUAAGGUUUGGUGAAGAGCAUGGGUACAAUAGACAGUUGCACAUCAACUUCGUAAAUAAUGGGAAAGCCAGUGCUCUCCACCUGGCUGUGCAAAAUGGUGACUUGGAAAUGAUCAAAAUGUGCCUGGACAAUGGUGCACAAAUAGACCUAGUGGAGAAGGGGAGGUGCACAGCCCUUCAUUUUGCUGCCACCCAGGGAGCCACUGAGAUUGUUAAAUUGAUGAUAUCGUCCUGUUCUGGUGGCAUGGAUAUUGUUAAUACAACCAAUGGAAGUGGUGAGACCAUGCUUCACAGAGCUUCAUUAUUUGAUCACCAUGAACUAGCAGACUAUUUAAUUUCAGUGGGAGCAGAUAUUAAUAGCAUCGAUUCUGAAGGACGCUCUCCACUUAUAUUAGCAACUGCUUCUGCAUCUUGGAAUAUUGUAAAUUUGCUUCUCUCUAAAGGUGCCCAAGUAAAUAUAAAAGAUAAUUUUGGACGUAAUUUUCUGCAUUUAACUGUACAGCACCCUCAUGGAUUAAAAAAUCUGCAACCUGAAUUUAUGCAGAUGCAACACAUCAAAGAGCUGGUAAUGGAUGAAGACAACGAUGGGUGUACCCCUCUACAUUAUGCAUGUAGACAGGGGGGCCCUGGUUCUGUAAAUAACCUGCUUGGCUUUAAUGUGUCCAUUCAUUCCAAAAGCAAAGAUAAAAAAUCACCUCUGCAUUUUGCAGCCAGUUAUGGGCGUAUCAAUACCUGUCAGAGGCUCCUACAAGACAUAACUGACACGAGGCUUCUAAAUGAAGGGGACCUUCAUGGAAUGACUCCUCUCCAUCUGGCAGCAAAGAAUGGACAUGAAAAAGUAGUUCAGCUUCUUCUGAAAAAGGGUGCAUUGUUUCUCAGUGACCACAAUGGCUGGACGGCCUUGCAUCAUGCAUCCGUGGGUGGGUACACUCAGACCAUGAAGGUCAUUCUUGAUACUAAUUUGAAGUGUACAGAUCGCCUGGAUGACGACGGGAACACUGCACUUCACUUUGCUGCAAGGGAAGGCCACGCCAAAGCUGUUGCCCUUCUUCUGAGCCACAAUGCUGACAUAGUCCUGAACAAGCAGCAGGCCUCCUUUUUGCACCUUGCACUUCACAAUAAGAGGAAGGAGGUGGUUCUUACGACCAUCAGGAGCAAAAGAUGGGAUGAAUGUCUUAAGGUUUUUAGUCAUAAUUCUCCAGGCAAUAAAUGCCCAAUUACGGAAAUGAUAGAAUACCUCCCUGAAUGCAUGAAGGUACUUUUAGAUUUCUGCAUGUUGCCUUCCACAGAGGACAAGUCCUGCAGAGACUACUAUAUCGAGUAUAAUUUUAAAUAUCUUCAAUGCCCAUUAGAAUUCACCAGAAAAACAACACCUACACAGGAUAUUACUUAUGAACCUCUUACAGCCCUCAAUGCAAUGGUACAAAAUAACCGCAUAGAGCUUCUCAAUCACCCUGUGUGUAAAGAAUAUUUACUCAUGAAAUGGAUGGCUUAUGGAUUUAGAGCCCAUAUGAUCAAUUUAGGAUCUUAUUGUCUUGGCCUCAUACCUAUGACCUUUCUCGUUAUCAAUAUAAAACCAGGAAUGGCUUUCAACUCAACUGGAAUCAUCAAUGAAACUAGUGAUCAUUCAGAAAUACUGGAUACCAGGGAUUCAUAUCUAAUACAAACUUGUAUGAUUUUAGUUUUUUUAUCAAGUAUAUUUGGGUAUUGCAAAGAAGUGGUCCAAAUUUUCCAACAGAAAAGGAAUUACUUUAUGGAUAUAAACAAUAUUAUUGAAUGGAUUAUCUACACGACAGGCAUCAUUUUUGUGCUGCCCUUAUUCAUUGAAAUACCAGCUCAUGUGCAGUGGCAAUGUGGAGCAAUAGCUAUUUACCUCUAUUGGAUGAACUUUUUAUUGUAUCUUCAAAGAUUUGAGAAUUGUGGAAUUUUCAUUGUUAUGUUGGAGGUAAUUUUGAAAACUUUGUUGAGGUCUACAGUUGUAUUUGUCUUCCUUCUCUUGGCUUUUGGACUCAGCUUUUACGUCCUCCUGAAUUUACAGGAUGCCUACAGCUCUCCAUUGCUUUCUAUAAUCCAGACCUUCAGCAUGAUGCUAGGAGAUAUCAAUUAUCGGGAGUCCUUCCUAGAACCAUAUCUGAGAAAUGAAUUGGCAUAUCCAGUUCUGUCCUUUGCACAACUGAUUUUCUUCACACUAUUUGUCCCAAUUGUCCUCAUGAAUUUACUUAUUGGUUUGGCAGUUGGUGACAUUGCUGAGGUUCAGAAACAUGCAUCACUGAAGAGGAUAGCUAUGCAGGUGGAACUUCACACCAGCUUAGAGAAGAAGCUGCCAUUAUGGUUUCUACAUAAAGUGGAUCAGAAAUCCACUAUCGUGUAUCCCAACAAACCCAGAUCUGGUGGGAUAUUAUUCCAUAUAUUCUUUUUUUUAUUUUGCACUGGAGAAAUAAGACAAGAAAUACCAAAUGCUGACACAUCUUUAGAAAUGGAAAUAUUAAAGCAGAAAUAUCGGCUGAAGGAUCUUACUUUUCUUCUGGAAAAACAGCAUGAGCUCAUUAAACUUAUCAUUCAGAAGAUGGAGAUCAUCUCUGAGACAGAGGAUGAAGAUAACCAUUGUUCUUUUCAAGACAGGUUUAAGAAAGAGCAGAUGGAACAAAGGAAUAGCAGAUGGAAUACUGUGUUGAGAGCAGUCAAGGCAAAAACACAUCACCUUGAGCAUUAACUUCUCAGACCUUCAAUGAGGCUUCCAAUGGGGGGUGCAUGACUUGCUAGUUUUAAUUUUCAGUUUAAAAAGAGUGAGGAAGAAGCAGAAAUCAAUUGAUUUCACUACAUGUGAAAUCAUGGUUACUGCAUGCUUUAUAAAGUAAACUGUCUUUUAUCCUCUAUUCAUAUUUUCUACUAAUCACUAUGUAUUGGGGAUAUCUUUGCAAGUAUGCUUAAGCUGGACUUGACUUUGAUGAGAGAGAAUCUCAUUAUUUGAAUAGGUAGAAGAUGAACUUGCUAAAACACACAUUUUUAAUAAAAAGGAGUAAUAAAUGUAACUAUUAAGCUAGAAUGCAAAUGUCAGUACUGAAUUCCUGCUUGCUAAUUACACAAUAUGUGAUGCCCUAGAAAAUAGUCACAUUUGUGACUAUUACGCUUAGUAAUGCCUUAGAUGGUAGUCUUAAAUAUUAGGUUGAGGUCUACCAGUUGGAAAGCUUCUUCGUGUUGGAAGAGCCUGUGGGUGGCACCAUGUGUGUUCUUUUGUUCAAACUAUGAUGAAUAACCCCACCCUUCUUGAUUUCCCCAACAUAUCUGAUGUCACUUUGAGCCAUAUAGUUGAAGUACAAAUUAACAGACCUUAUCAUAUGCAUGAAUUUUACUAUAGAUAAUGUUAUUUCUGUUUUUGUUUGCCAAUGAGCAUAAUAAAUGUAAAACCUAUAUAG